CCUCACAAAUCCUACAAAGAUAUGAGCAUGAGACAGAUGUUUCUUACAAGUGACAAAGCCAGAGCCAAGAUGAAGGCUGUGAACGUGCAACAACCGCCUUUAGGUAUAGGCAAAGCUGUGAUAUCAAACGAGGAUGUCACAAACGUGGCCAACUCGACAUACCCAAGUGAACUGUUUAGUUCACAAAUUCAGGCUUGGUCAGGAACCAACCAAGCAAUGAAAUUUACAGGGGCGACAUUAGAAGCGCUAUUAUUGGACCAAGAUGCAGAACUAGCUUCAAAGAACAGUAGCAACAUUAUUAGUAGUAUAAUUGCUAGUGGUGGUAUCAAGACGGUGGAGGAGGCUACCCUAAAAGGACUCCACACGGCAUAUCGUCAUCUCUUGCUUGUCCCGAUGGUCUUUGCUGGUACAAAAUAUGAGCUUAUCAUCAUUGGUGAAGUAUCAAUGUUAAACGAGGGCGUUAAGAGAACUAAUAAGCAUGAAAACGGUAAUGAGGGAGAGGACGCUGAUGAGGGUAAGGGUGGCGGUGUUUCAGGAUCGCUAGGCAGCUCAGAUACUGUCAAUUUUGAGUCGUCCAAGGAUCAAUUCAAGGAGGAACAUGGCCACAGCCUCGGUUCAAAGUAUGAAGAGGAAAGCCGUAUUCAGCUGCAUUCAGCUGAGGGGCACCAUAUGUGGCGGGAUGCUCUCGAUACCCAACAGAAGGCGCCAGGGAUGGGACUACAUUGCCAAUUUCUGGGCAUCCAAGGAUUUAACGACAUAGUCAUCUCAGAUAUAGAUUUUUUGUAA